AUCAGGUGUGCUUCCAACAAAUCUUGGUAGCUGUGUAAAACUGGAGAGACUGUUCUUGGAUGGCAAUAUGUUCCAAGGGCCCAUUUCUUCAUCUUUGAGUUCAUUGAAAGGUCUUAUAGAACUAGAUAUAUCUAGCAAUAAUCUGUCGGGUGAAAUUCCAAACUUUCUUGUGAGCUUUGGGUCAUUACUAUAUUUAAAUAUUUCUUUCAAUAAUUUUGAGGGUAUGAUACCAAUUGAAGGAGUCUUUAAGAAUGCAAGUGCUAUAUUCGUUGAGGGAAACAAUAAGCUUUGUGGAGGCACCCCUGAGUUACGGUUGCCCAGAUGUAACUCCAAAACAUCCAUCAAGAGAUCGGCCGAUACUCUAAAAUUGAAAUUUGCGAUUCUUUUUUCAAUUUUUGGAGUGAUUUUGGUGGUUUCUUUUCUUUUUAUUUUGUGGUUUAGAAGGAAAAGAGAACAGACAAAGGCAACUUGUGCAGAAAAUCCACUUUCAAUGUUAUCAAUGUCAUACCAAAGCAUUUUAAAGGCAACUGGUGGAUUAUCACCGGAAAAUUUGGUUGGUUUUGGUAGCUUUGGUUCGGUAUACAAAGGAAUUUUUGAAGAGAGUGGAGUUGUUAUUGCCAUUAAGGUGCUUAAUCUUCUAAGUCAUGGAGCUUCCAGGAGUUUCAUGGCUGAAUGUGAGGCUUUGAAGAACAUCAGGCAUCGGAAUCUUGUCAAAGUAUUAACAGCAAUUUCAGGGGUCGAUUAUCAAGGGAAUGAUUUUAAAGCAUUAGUUUAUGAGUUCAUGCAAAAUGGGAGCUUGGAAGAUUGGCUCCAUCCUUCUGUUGGCAUGAAUGUGGUACAGGAGGCACCAAAAAGCUUAAAUUUUUUUCAGAGAUUGAAUGUGGCGAUUGAUGUUGGUUGUGCACUGGAGUAUCUUCAGCAUCACUGCGAAACACCAGUCGUUCACUGUGACCUUAAACCAAGCAAUGUUCUACUUGAUGAUGAAAUGGUUGGCCAUGUUGGUGAUUUUGGACUAGCAAAAUUCAUUGCAUCAGACCUGCAAAAUAACACUUCAAGCCUGUCAAGCUCCCUUGGGUUAAGAGGAACAGUUGGUUAUGCUCCUCCAGAAUAUGGCUUGGGAAGUAAUGCGACAACAUAUGGUGAUGUGUACAGCUAUGGCAUUCUUUUGCUGGAGAUGUUUACAGGGAAAAGACCUACUGAUGAAAUGUUUACAGAGAAUCUGAACCUUCAUUACUUUGUUAAAACAGCUUUGCCAGAUCGAGUAGCUGAGAUUACAGAUCCCAUUCUUCUUCAAGAAAGUUUCAAUGAAAGCAGCCGAAACGUUAACAGACUUCUUUGGGGCUUGAAUUCUAUAUUUGAAAUUGGAGUUGCCUGUUCUUUUGAAUUGCCAACUGAACGAAUGAACAUGGCUAAUGUUGUUGCUAAGCUUUGUUUUAUAAGAGACAAUCUGCUUCCAACUCGAUCAUUAAGAACAAGAGGUACUAAUAUUAUUUUAUCUGAAGUAAUUUAAACAUUUUUGUCAAAAUCUUCCAUCCUUUAUGACCUAUUUUGAAGGUUUAAUUAUUUCCU